UGUGUCUGCAGUGCGCAUGUGCAGACAGUGGUCUGUGCUGCGGUGGAAGAGGGCUGAGGACUAGAGAGAUGGCGCGGCACCCGACAGGAGCGCAAGGACUGCUGGUUAGCGGUGGGGGGGCUUGAAAUAUAAGGAGAAUCAGAAAAAAAAUAAAAACUAUAUAUUUAUGUAUAUACCAGAAAAAAGGGGGAUCUGAACAGGAGUUUCCAUUUUGCAGAAGAGUACCAGAGGUAGGAGAAUAAUAGAAACCCACUGGAGGACUGAGAGAAGCAGAGGCUCCUGCUGCUGCUGCAAAAACAGAAGAAAAGCAACAAAAGAAGAUUGAACUUUCCUGGACGGGAGGACUUCUGGGCACCAGCUCCCUGCGGUAGGUCAGAUAGAUGGUUUGUCCACAGCGCUGCCCGGAUCAUGAACGCACAGCUGUCGAUGGAGAAUAUUGGCGACAUGCACGGAGUGAGCCAUGAGUCCGUGAACGGUCACGGGGACCUGCUGAGCGGCCACAGUCCGCAUUCCCGUCCGAACCCCCGGGCUCUGGGACACCGCGCCAUGGGCAUGGCGACCCUGCUGGACGGCGGAGACUAUCACCACGGCCACCCCGGACACCUGCACCCGGCCAUCAGCAUGUGCGAAGCCCCCCAUGGCAUGAGUGCGAGCAGCACUUACACAACCCUUACCCCCCUGCAGCCCUUACCCCCCAUCUCCACGGUGUCGGACAAGUUUCCACCCCAUCAUCACCACCACCACCACCACCAUCCCCAUCAUCCGCACCCUCACCACCACCAGAGGAUCCCGGGGAACGUCAGCGGCAGCUUCACGCUGAUGCGAGAGGACCGGAGUCUGGCUCCUAUGAACAGUCUGUAUCCCGCGUAUCAUCACAAGGAUCCCUGCAUGGGCCAGAGCUUGUCCCCGCUGUCUGGUUCCGGUUUGGCCAGCAUACACACGUCCCAGGCCGGCAUCCCCCCCUACGCGCAUCCCGGUGCCGCCAUGCCCGGUGAGAAGAUGCUCACCCCCAGCGGGUUUGAGGCUCACCACCCGGCCAUGCUCGGCAGACACACGGAGCAGCACAUGAGCUCCUCGGCGGGCAUGGUGCAAAUCAAUGGCCUCCACCACCACCCGCACGCCCACCUUGGCGCGCAGGGGCACGGCCAGGGCUUGGGGAACGGCCGGGAGCAGGCCUCCGGGCCCGGGCAGCAAGGGGGUGGAGGAGGUGGCAUUAAUGGGGGGCAGAUGGAGGAGGUGAAUACCAAAGAAGUGGCGCAGAGGAUCACCACGGAGCUGAAGCGCUACAGCAUCCCUCAGGCCAUCUUCGCCCAGCGGGUCCUCUGCAGGUCCCAGGGGACCCUGUCCGACCUGCUGAGAAACCCCAAACCCUGGUCCAAGCUCAAGUCCGGCAGAGAGACCUUUCGCCGCAUGUGGAAGUGGCUGCAGGAGCCUGAGUUCCAACGCAUGAGUGCGCUCAGGCUCGCAGCUUGUAAGCGUAAGGAACAGGACCACGGCCGGAGCGAGCGAGGAAACAUGUCCAAGAAGCCCCGGCUGGUGUUUACAGAUGUGCAGCGGCGGACGCUUCACGCCAUCUUCAAGGAGAACAAGCGUCCAUCCAAAGAGCUGCAGCUCACCAUCGCCCAGCAGCUGGGCCUGGAGCUGACCACGGUCAGCAACUUCUUUAUGAAUGCACGCCGACGGAGCCUAGAUAAGUGGGUGGACGACGGCUCCGGUCACCCUGGCCCCAACGGCUGCAUCAAAGCCUGAAGACGGACUGUUCUGACCAACUCAUGGACUGACUUAACUUCGGUGGAAAAGCUUUAAAAC